UGAAGAUUUUGUACUUUUGCUCCUUCUGAGCUUUCUGUGCCUUUUGUGGAUAAUGUUAUUCAUUUGACGUAGAAAUGUUGUUUAAGGAGCAGCGUACUAUACGAUGAGGUUUGUAAAAUGGCUGAGAAGAAAAUCAGAGAGGAACAAGUUGCCAGCUCAAGGAUGUCAUCUAAGGCCAUCUUCCCACGAGUAAGCAGGAUGUGUCUUUUUACUGGAAUUGUUCUCUCGUGCUUCCUGCUGUUGCUGCAAACCUUCUGGGUUCUUCAGAGUCCCAAAUCUCAGAUGCUACAGAAUCCAAAGUCUCAGUUACUUCAGAAAAAUGGACUGUCAGAUGAAAUGGCUGUACAGCGACUGAAGGUAGCCAUUCACAAACUGGAAGUCUUGGCUACAAAGAUGCAAUCAUUCAAUGUAACAGACAUUUUGAAAAAGCUGGAUAAACUGGAAAGCUCAUUUGAUAAAGUGCAACAGAUGGAGAGUCAGUGGUUAAACGUGAUGCAAUUAAUGACCAAGGACCUUCAACAUCUCCCCAAGACAGUAGGUGGCCGGACACAGGGGAAAGUAAAUACUGCCUUGAACCAGCUGUUACACCACAGAGCCAGCAAAAGAACAUCCCAUUGUGAAGUACCUAAUGAUCCAGCAUUUCCGUACUGUCGUGGUAAAGUUGAGUUCCUUCGUGCCAGUUGGCAGUCUGAUCCAUGCUAUGCCUUCUAUGGUGUGGAAGGAAGUGAUUGCUCCAUCCUGAGGUACCUCAGUGAAACUGAAUAUUUCUGUCCUCCGCUACCUGGGAGAAACUUGACAGAAAAUGUUGAAGCAGACAGAAAGAACAAAACUCCAAAGGCUAGUCUGACAACAGACCUGAGCAGUCUCUUAGAGCUCAUUGGAACCAAAAACAACAAAGAUCAGUACAACCAGAUGUCAGCUGAAUCCUUUAUGUCAGCCAGAAUUCAAAGACUUUCUGCAAGGUGGACCAAAGCAGUGAAGAGACUGCAGCAGAAGAAUGCUGGUAGCCCAACUCAUGAACGCAAGAUUUUGGUUUAUCCAGGGGUACUCAGUGAUAAGGCAGGAGGUGGGCUUCAAGCAAUGGUCGGAAAAGGUGGCCCUCUUGGGGAGCUUGUACAGUGGGCUGACAUCAUGGCAGCUUUGCACAUCUUGGGUCAUCAUGUGACAAUCAGAUAUUUCCUUUCUGAACUUCAGAGACUGAUAGGUUCUCCUCCAGGGAAAGGAAGCUGCCCCAUUCAGGGACCUUUCCCUUUUGACAUUGUUUACACAGAUUAUCAUGGAUUGGCACAACUACAAAGCAUCAUGGGACCAUCAUUUAAGGAAUACAAGUGUCGUUUCCAUGUGAUUGACUCUUUUGGCACAGAACCUGCCUACAACCAUAGGGAGUAUGCGAACAAACAUGGUUUUCAGACCAUUUGGGGCAGCUGGAAUCUACGACCACAACAGUAUAUGACCAUGUUUCCUCACACACCUGAUAAUUCAUUCAUGGGAUUUGUGUCAGAAGAGCUUGAAGAAAGCCAGAGACAAGUAGUGCAAGCUGAGAAGGUGAACACCAUGGCUGUGGUCUAUGGCAAACAAGACUUCAUGUGGCAGGGCAAGGAACAAUACUUGGAUGCUAUUGCAAGGCUUAUGGAAAUCCAUGGGACAGUGUACCAUGAAGCAGGGAAGAAACCACAAAUUCCUAAUUUCAUCAUUAACCAUGGCCUGCUCUCCCAGAAUGAAGUGCUGAAGUUACUUCGCAAGGCCAAGCUCUUCAUUGGCCUGGGAUUCCCAUAUGAGGGACCUGCUCCUCUGGAAGCUAUAGCUCUUGGCUGUGUCUUUAUACAGCCCAGGUUUAAGCCUGCACACAGUUCCCUGAACACUGACUUCUACAAAGGGAAACCAACAUCCAGAGAGGUCACUUCCCAGCAUCCAUAUGCAGAACAUCACAUUGGCAAGCCAUAUGUAUGGACAGUGGACAGCAACAAUGUCACAGAGAUAGCAGAAGCUGUGAAAAAAAUAUUGCAAACUAAGGUGAGACCCUAUACUCCAUAUGAAUAUAGCUGUGAGGGGAUGUUGGAGCGUGUGAGAGCCUACAUUACACAUCAGGAUUUCUGUUCUGAUCCCCCUCCUACCUGGCCUCCACUCAGCACUCUGAUCCGGAAGCUUGGAUAUCCAAAUGACUCAUGUAUCCGAACAUGUCAGAGGCACAAUAUGAUCUGUGAACCAGCACUUUUCUACCAGAUGAACACUGUCCAAGCUUUCAACAGCUUAGGAAUCCCUUGUGAGAAGACAUUGAUGGAAGGGACUCACUUAUUACCAGCUUUCCACAUUAACACCCAUCACUGUCACCUGCAGAAGGAUGAUCUUUUGUUCAGCUGUGCUGGAUCAGAAAUGAGAUACAGACGACUCUGCCCCUGCCGCAAGUUUCAGGAAGGACAGACCGCCCUUUGUGAAGGCUGCUUUUAGCUGACAAUCACCAAGAUAGAAGCAUGCCAAUAGAAAAUGGGAGUAGAAAUAAAGGGAUGGCCUUGGAAUUGCUAUCAGAUUUUCCUUAGUCAUGUGCAGAAGUUCAUAACUUUCCUCAUAAUGCUGAAGUAUUUUGUUCUGCAUGGUGGGUUUGCCUAUAGAUCCUUGGUACUCCUGAAACUUUACUUGGCACUGUGUGAAAUCACUGGAAUAUUGCCUGUCUUGGUUGCUGGAGUGAUCAAGACUUAAUUUACUUCAUUGGGAAUGAUGUAGACUUUAAACAACCUUAUCUGGAUCCCAGAAAUGUUUGACAUUUUUAUGAGAUUACCUGGAUUUGACUAGCUAAGUCAGAAUGUCUUAUGUAGUACUAAUUAUAUGUAAAUCUGACAAACCUGCAAGAGGGUGGCUUGAACUGAUAAGACUUCUUCCAGUUUCAUGAAAACAUUUGUGAAUUUACUACAUCUGAAAUGCUAAAGCUCAUCAUAUAUUUCUACAUACAUAACUUUAGGCUAAUAAGCAGGAAGAUUAAUAAAAGGUAUGAAUGAAACAAUUACUUAAUCAAGGUACUGGAAGCUUUCAUAAAUAAUUUAUUCAGAACUGAUAAAAUACUACAAAAAAGAAUAAUUUCACCAGCAAAAUUUGAAGUCCACAGUGGACUUUUUUCUUAGUUUUCCAAGAUGUAAAUAGUAUCAGAAUGUUUUUAAAACAAGUACAAGUUUUAUGAUUUUAUUGGAUUCUAUAAAUUUUCAAUAAAAGCUUUGUUUAAACAUA